AUGAUCGCGGUGCUGCUGCUCCUCUCCCUGCUUGCGGGGGCGACUGCCCUGGCCCUGCCCCCCGAGUGCCUGCAGGGCCCCGAGUUUUGGUGCCGGGACGUGGCCACAGCAGCCCAGUGCGGCCGACUGCAGUUUUGCCUAGAGUACGACUGGGACGAGCUGCCCGAGGGCGCUGACGAGCGGCACCCCCUGGUGAAGUGCUGGGUGUGCAACAAAGUCAUCAGCAAGCUGAAGAAAAUGGUGUCCAACACGCACAACACAAGCAGCGUGGCAAUGGCCGUCAAGAAGAUCUGCUCCACUUUCCUCUUCAGCUGGGUAGGCAAGUGCCACCGGGUGGUGGACCAGUACGUGCAGCCCAUCGAGGACGGGCUGGCCCAGGACCUGGAGCCCCGCGACAUCUGCGUCUCCAUUGGCAUGUGCAAGAGCCAGAGCCACCCAGGGUGGAAGGUUCCUGGCCUGCGCCGGCCUCUGGCUGCAGAGAGCCCCGCGGAUGCCAUGGGACCAGAUGGCGCCACGGAGGCUGUCUGUCCCUGGUGCCGGCCAGGCCCCAGCUGCGUGUCACUAACCGGGCCUUGGCCUCUUUCGUCCCUAGCCCUGGCCGGGAGCCCGCUGGCCCAGCAGGGCUGUGCCGAGGGCCCGACGUUCUGGUGCCGGAGCCUGGCGACGGCCGUGCGGUGCGGUGCGGUGCAGAUCUGUGCCCAGGCCGGCUGGAACCAGGCUGCUAAGGAGGACAUGUGCGCGGACUGCGGGCAAAUCGUCACCAUCCUGACCCGCAUGGCCAAGGAUUCAGCCUUCAAGGACAGCAUCCAGAAGUACCUGACCCACGAGUGCACCCUGCUGCCCCUGCACACCCUGGUGCCACACUGCCAGAAGGUGGUGGACACGUACUUCACCCUCUUCAUCACCUGCCUGGAGGGGCAGAUUAAACCCGCCUCCAUCUGUGGCAGGCUGGGCCUGUGCCCCACGGACCCGUCGCAGGACCAGAGCCAGCACAAGUGUGUUCUCCAGCUGCUGCAGGGUCUCCGCCUGGACCUUCCCGAUGGUCAGACCCAGGGAGGCCACAGCAAGGACCUGCCGUUCCCGCUCCCGCUGUGCUGGAUGUGCCGCUCCUUCGUCGGCCGGAUAGAGUCCACCAUCCCCAAGGGGGCCAUCGCCAAGUCCAUGUCACAGCUCUGCCGUCUCCUGCCGGGCACCAUCGGUGGCAUGUGCCAGUGCCUGAUGGAGAAAUACACCACCACCGUGCUGGACCUGAUCCUAGACAAGCUGGGCCCGCGGCUGAUCUGCGGGAUGCUCCUCAUGUGCGCCACGGGGGAGAACUGCGGCCCGGAGCCACCCCUGGUGCUGCUCCUUGCCCAGAGCGCCGAGUGCCAGGCCUGCGUUGCUGUCAUGGGCCUGGCGAAGUCGACCAUGCAGGCGAACAGCACUGUGGCAGACGUGGAGGCGGCUCUGCUCGGGGCCUGCAGCGGUGCCCACCUGGGCUGGCAGGAGUGCAAGAGCUUCAUGGAGUGGCACUGGCCCCGGCUGCUGACCUUGCUGCCGAAGGCCUGGGACCCCCAGAGCAUGUGCCAGGAACUGGGCGCGUGUGAGGCUGGGACGGGCCCUGCUCCCGGAGCCGAGGGCUGCACGCUGGGACCAGCCUACUGGUGCUCCAGCCUGGAGACUGCCGAGCAGUGCCAAGCCGUGCAGCACUGCCAGGCCCACGGCUGGGCAUAG